UUGGAAGUGUUUGUCGUUGUAACGUUGUGAAGUCGAUGUCCAGUGCAAAUGAAUUUUAAUUUAAAAUACCACACAGUUGUCAACAAUCCAAGGAUUCAUUUUCAUUUUUCAUUUUUUUGUACGGUUGCGGACGUACACGCGAGACACUACACUGGCUUGAUGCGAAAUUGGCAAAUAGAAAAUCGAAUGUGCUUUAUAUUCGCUUUGGAUUUCGUGAGGCAAACAGCAUUUUUAUGAAGCAAUCAAAUUGUUCGGCACACAAUAGCAACAGCAGUUAACACAUACACACACAUAUAUAUAUAGAAAAUUUAUACAAAGAGUGUGAUAGAAUAUAUUAUUCGAAUAUAGUGUUCAAUUUUUUUUGUUCAUUCAUCAACGAACAACCGCCAAGUUUAAAUAUACUUUACAAAGUGCACAGUGGUGGUAACGUGUUUUCGGUUGAAUGACACAAAUUCGACGUGGUAAUUUUCAAAUGUCGAUAAAUCUUAAGUGAUUUUCCAUACAUUUUACCGUUAUCCGGAAGAUAGAGGAGACGAAGAUUGUACGAUUUGAGAGAGCUAGAGUAAUAGAAGGAAUAGAACUUCGACAAACUCCAAAUUUUUGGUGACAUUGAACAACGUUUAUACAUAGAACAUGCAUAAAAUCAACACGGAAUACAUUUUAGUAGCAUUUGCUGUAAUUAUAACAGUUUGUAAUGCCGUUAAUAUAACGGAUUUCAAUGUUCCGAGCCACUAUGUAAUCGAAGAUGAGGAGAAUCCCGACUCAUUGAUUUUAGAUUGUGCAUACGAAAGUGUGCCGGGUGAAGAGGGUAUCGUAUUAAAAUGGUAUUUAAAUGGAACGUUGAUUUAUCAAUGGAUACCAGACAAAUCAGUACAUGCAUUCACACAUAUAAAACCAUUCAUCGAUACUAAUUAUACGGCGUCGGAUAAUGCAUUGCAACGACAUCGUGCCCUCGCUAUAAUUAAACCAAUGAAGAAUAUGACCGGUGAAUACACAUGCGAAAUUGGUAGUUACAAAAAUGAUGACAAACGUUCAAAACAUUUGCAAAUGAUUGUACCCGAAACGGAUUUUAAAUUGAAUGUUGCUGAACACACCGAUAAUGAAGACGCCUUGUCCAUCGAAUGUAUUGCAAAAAACAUUUAUCCAGAACCGAAGCUAACCAUUUUGCCAGACACCGGUAAGUUUGUAUCAAAAUCACGUUACGAUGAUGCCACCGGUCUUUAUUCAACAACGGUAUUUGCCACCGUGCACACAAAUCAAACGAGUUUCGUUUGCCUUUUGAACAUCAAUGGAACGGAGUAUCAACGAUCAACAAACAAUUCGGCGUCAGAUUCAUCUUCAAUGUCUCCAUCGGCUGGCAAUCACAUCAACAUAUUCAUCCCAUUAACAGUGUUAUCGUAUAUUACGGGCAUUUACUUAUUCACUGCGAUAUUCCAUUAAAAUGGAUUCAUACCAAAAAUUCCGAUACCAAAUCAUGUGUGAACCGAAAACAUAGAGAGUGACGAAGAUAAUAUGAAAGAUUGAUGGUGAGAGGUGAAAGAGAAACAGAAAUAGAGAAAAAGAGAGAGAGAAAGAGAAAAGUGUUCGAGUGCGGUGAUCCAGUUGUUCAACUCGAAACCCCACAUUUCAAAUGAAAUAACAUCAUGAAUUUAUUGAAUUUAAACUAACCCUGCUGUAUACUAUAAGUACGUAAUAACAAAUUGCAACACGAAUAAUCGCUAUAGACAAAAUACAAGCACUGCAUUAAAUAAUUGCAGGGGGUGAACAUCCGAUUCAAUACACAAGAAAAUUGAUAAAUUUGAUUUACUUUUGCUUCUAUGUGACAUUCACUUGUGAUUUCAAUUUGCUCUAUGCAUUCCCGAUUUAUCUCUAUUUCUCAUAACUCUCUUUGCUCUGCUCUUGCUCAGCAUGUGUCGUGGACACAUAUUGCGUCCGCGUUUCUUCCCUUCCUCCCCCCCCAGAGAUGCGGACACACCGCAAUAAAAAAAAAAGAAAAUUAUCAUUAGAUUGUUAAUAUUUGUCAAGCUUUUGGCGCAUACGAAUUGAUGUUAAGUGUGUCUGUGCAUGUUUAUGUGAAUGUAUAUGAAUUGAAUGAAAGAAACUUUGAAAUUGAUGGCCAAUGCAUUUUGGCAGAAAAGCAUAUAGCAUUGGAGAAAUACUUAUUAGCAACUUAACAAAAUACUGCAAACAAAUAGAAAAUGAAGAGAGGAAAAAUAAAUAACAAAGACGAACAAGCAAAAGAACAUUGAAAUAUAAUACAAAUGUAAUAUGAUUAAAUGUACGUGAAUAAGUGAAUACUAAUAAAAUCUCUACAGGAAAUGCGAUAUUGUGGGCUCUGCAAUGCUCCAGCAAUUAUUUAGCUAUUUACGAACAAUUGAAUGACGAUACGUCGCAUACAUCUUUUAUAGCAUAAUAUGCAUCUUGAUAUUACACGUAAAACGAAAAUACAAACGAAGAAACAAACAACAAA